GAAGCGGAAGCGGCAGUCUGGAAUCGACUUCCUGCGUCGGCGCCCGCCCCACGUGUGCGAAUUGCUAUGAUGGAGAUCAAAGGGAAAAAUAAAUUCAAAGGAAAGACUACAAAGGCAUCGCAAGAAAAAAACAGAUUUCAUAAAAACAGUGGUUCUAGCUCUUCAAAGAAAUUUCCAAGGAAGGCUGGCAAAGAAGAUGGAACUAAAAUUACACCUAAGAACUUUGAGAAAAGUGCCACAAAACCUGGCAAAAAGGGUAUCAAGCAAUUCAAGAAUAAACAGCAGGGGGACAAAGGACCAAAGAACAAAUUGCAGCAAGCAGAUAAACUCAACAGGAAGAGAAAAUUCCAGCCAGACAGUAAAAGUGAUGAAUCUGCAGCCAAGAAACCCAAAUGGGAUGACUUCAAAAAGAAGAAGAAAGAACUGAAGCAGAGCAGACAGCUUAGUGACAAAACCAAUUACGAUGUUGUCGUUCGGGCAAAGCAGAUUUGGGAAAUCUUAAGAAGAAAAGAUUGUGACAAAGAAAAAAGAGUGAAGUUGAUGAGUGACUUGCAGAAGUUGAUUCAAGGGAAAAUUAAAACUAUUGCAUUUGCACAUGAUUCAACGCGUGUGAUUCAGUGUUACAUUCAAUAUGGAAAUGAAGAGCAGAGAAAACAGGCUUUUGAAGAACUGCGAGAUGAUUUGGUUGAAUUAAGCAAAGCCAAAUAUUCCAGAAAUAUUGUCAAGAAAUUUCUCAUGUAUGGAAGUAAGCCACAGAUCGCAGAGAUCAUCAAAAGUUUCAAAGGUCAUGUGAAGAAGCUGCUGCGGCACGCAGAAGCAUCCGCCAUUGUGGAGUAUGCCUACAACGACAAAGCCAUUCUGGAGCAGAGGAACAUGCUGACAGAAGAGCUGUAUGGGAACACUUUUCAACUUUAUAAGUCAGCAGAUCACCCAUCACUGGAAAAAGUAUUAGAGGUACAUCCAGGAAAGCUAGAACUUAUUAUGGAUGAAAUGAAACAGAUUCUAACGCCAAUGGCCCAAAAGGAAGCAGUGAUUAAGCACUCGUUGGUCCAUAAAGUAUUCUUGGACUUUUUUACUUAUGCACCCCCAAAACUCAGAUCAGAACUGAUUGAAGCCAUCCGCGAAGCAGUGGUAUACCUUGCACACACACACGAUGGUGCCAGAGUAGCCAUGCACUGCCUGUGGCAUGGCACACCUAAGGACAGAAAAGUGAUUGUGAAAACAAUGAAGACUUAUAUUGAAAAAGUGGCAAAUGGCCAGUACUCUCACUUGGUGUUGCUGGCAGCAUUUGAUUGUAUUGAUGAUACUAAGCUUGUGAAACAGAUAAUCAUAUCAGAAAUUAUUAGUUCCUUGCCUAACAUAAUAAGUGAUAAAUAUGGAAGAAAGGUCCUGUUGUAUCUACUGAGUCCCAGAGAUCCUUCCCACACGGUCCGGGAAAUCAUUGAAGUUCUACAAAAAGGAGAUGGCAAUGCACAUAGUAAGAAGGAUACAGAGCUGCGCCGUCGAGAGCUCCUGGAAUCCAUUUCUCCAGCAUUGUUAAGCUACUUGCAAGGACAUGCCCACGAGGUGGUGCUUGAUAAGUCUGCAUGUGUGCUGGUGUCUGACAUUCUGGGAUCUGCCAUUGGUGACGUUCAGCCUGCCAUGGAUGCCAUUGCCAACUUGGCAGCAACGGAACUGCAUCCUGGAGGCAAGGAUGGCGAGCUUCAUGUUGCUGAGCAUCCUGCAGGACAUCUGGUUCUGAAGUGGUUAAUAGAGCAAGAUAAAAAGAUGAAAGAAAAUGGAAGAGAAGGUUGCUUUGCAAAAACACUUGUAGAACAUGUUGGUAUGAAAAACCUGAAGUCCUGGGCUAGUGUAAAUCGAGGUGCCAUUGUUCUUUCCAGCCUUCUACAGAGUUCUGACCAAGAAGUUGCAAAUAAAGUCAAAGCUGGACUGAAAUGCUUGAUUCCCACACUGGAAAAAAACAAAAACAGCAGCAAAGGAAUAGAGACUCUGCUUGAGAAACUGACCGCCUAGAUGGAACCAGUUCAGAGCAAGAUAGAACCAGUUUUGUUGUUCCCUGGUUCUCUGUUCUGCUUUCCCAGUGCAGCAAAGGGGUGAGGGGAGCUCUGUACAUGUGUUUCUUCUUUAUAUAUGAAUCUAUUUAUAAAAAUGGUUUGUAAAGA